UUCAAAUUGAAAGAGUUUUUAAACGGCCAUUGCUAAGAAAGUUUGUGAAGUACAUCUUGUUCGAAACUUUGUUAAAACUGAAAAGAAAUAUUGAGUUCUUGGAUAGAAUUUUUAUGGCAUGUCUACUAUUCGUUUCGAUAAAUUUAUUUCCAUAGGACGUAAACUCGACGAAGGCAUUAGAGAAUUAGAAGAGCUAUGGCAUCUACCUCGCGUUUUUGUAGGUGGUUAUGCAGAUUUGACAGAACAGACGGAAGAACAUAUAAAAAUGUUAAAGAAGUCUAUUCAGUGCACGCAGGAUGAUAUAAAUAAAAUGAUUCAAGAUAAUAAUGUAUCCAAUCCAGAUGUACUAAAUGAAGUGGAUAGUUUUCUUAAGGAGGCUCAAGAUGUAUAUAAUACUAUAAAAGAAGACGUCGAUAACUUGGAAACUGUUUUCGAAGAAUAUGGAUAUCAUUAUGAUAAAAAUAUCGUUAAUGAAAGCUCAGAAUCGAAAGAAACUACUGCGUCGAGUGAUUUGAAUGGUUCAGGUGAUAUACAGGAAAUUGUUUUUACUCCUGAUUUAGGUUGGCGUUGUAAGAAAAAGUCUAUUGACAAGACAUCAUCGACGAACGGAGAUUCAUAUUUAUCCGAGGAAAGUGCAAUUCUAAAGAAGAUAACCGAUAUCACUUUAGAAUCUAAGGAGACCGAAGGAAUGCAUAAUACAGAUGUUUUGGAUCAUACAGACAACGAUAUUUUUACUCCUGUCUCAAAUCGACAUAUGCAAAAGAAAUUAGAUGAUCCAUUAUCCGUAAAUAGAGAUUUGUAUACACCUCGGGAAAAUAUGACGUUAUUAUCUGCACAAAAAUCAGAAUUAAGUUCUGCAAGGCAUAAGCAAUUAUUGACGCCAUUAAGGGACAGGCCGCAAUAUCAAAUUUACUCAAAACAUUUCUACACUUUAAAAAAGAAAGAAGUUAAUCAUUAGAUAUAAUAUUAAGGUAUUUAAGAUAUAAGAUUAUUCAUGCAUUGUAUCAUUGAUUAUAAUUCAUAUUGUAUUAAAAAUUAUAAUAAAUUUAUUAUAAUUCUUUUAAUAAAUAUAUAAUUGUUAAAAUA